ACUUCCUGUAGAGUAUUCGGGGAAAACAUAAGCUGCAACAAGCAAGAAAAAUGCUAAAUCGAAUAAUGACCAACAAAUGAAGCAAUGGUACAAACAUUUUGUACGCCAUGAAUUUAAGGGGACUCUUUCAGGAUUUUAAUCCCAGGUAAUAUCUUUCCAAUCUUUGGCUCAGCGAGUAGCACCGAGUAGUUAGCUGCUAAUUGCUGAUUGUCUUAACAUCAUACGUCAGUGUGUGUUAAAAAUUGGACAAAUACCAAAUAUAACGCAGCGGGAGUUUGCCUGUAAAGUUAUAAAAUAUAUGAUAGUAUUUAGAGCUAGCUAAAAUGCAAGUACGAAAGCGAUGUCAUAUGCUACGUGGCUAACAUUGUCUGGAGCCGUCAAAAGACAACACUGAAUAACAAUUUUGUAGUUGCUACUGAUGGACAUGUUGAGUUUUUUUGGUCAUAUUCAACUAUUUAUCAUAAUAAUGCUAUAAUGCUAUUAGUAUUGUUUUUAACAUGUUCAGUGUAUUCCCCGUGCAGCAAGUUCCUGAUCUACUUGUGCCUGCUACUUUUCUCCGUCUUGUUGUCCUUGAGGCUGGAUGGCGUUAUCCACUGGAGCUACUGGGCAGUGUUCACACCAAUAUGGCUUUGGAAAGUGUUGGUCAUCAUCGGGGCCUCAGUGGGCACUGGAGUGUGGGCACACAACCCUCAGUACAGGGCUGAAGGUGAGACGUGCGUGGAGUUCAAGGCCAUGCUGAUUGCCGUGGGGCUCCAUGUCCUCUUGCUCAUGUUUGAAGUGUUGGUGUGCGACCGGGUGACGAGGGGAAGUGGAAACUACUUCUGGCUGCUUGUCUUCAUGCCGCUCUUCUUUGUGUCACCCGUCUCUGUGGCAGCGUGCGUCUGGGGAUUUCGACAUGAUCGCUCCCUGGAAUUGGAGGUGUUUUGCUCAGUGAACAUUCUUCAGUUUAUUUUCAUCGCUCUGAAACUGGACAAGAUCAUCAUCUGGCCUUGGCUUGUGGUGUGUGUGCCACUGUGGAUCCUCAUGUCCUUCCUGUGUCUUGUUGUCCUCUACUACAUCAUCUGGUCGGUGCUUUUUCUACGCUCCAUCGACAUCAUCGCUGAGCAGCGGCGGACUCACAUCACAAUGGCCAUCAGCUGGAUGACCAUCGUAGUUCCGCUUCUCACCUUUGAGAUCCUCCUGGUGCACAAGCUGGACGACGGCAACAACAGUCUAAGCUACGUGUGUAUCUUCGUGCCACUGUGGCUCUCACUGCUCACGCUCAUGGUCACCACAUUUGGCCAAAAGGGAGGAAACCACUGGUGGUUUGGCAUCCGCAAAGACUUUUGCCACUUCCUUCUGGAGCUUCUCCCCUUCCUGCGAGAGUAUGGAAACGUCUCUUAUGACCUCCAACGCAGCGACGAUGCUGAGGCUGCGGAGGACCCCCCCGUCCCCGAGCCGCCCCCCAAGAUUGCUCCCAUGUUCCAUAAGAAGACAGGUGUGGUGAUCACACAGAGUCCUGGCAAAUACUUUGUCCCCCCAUCCAAACUGUGCAUCGACAUGCCCGACUAAAGGCGACACAGCGCUCUUGCUUGGACUCUGCAUGAACAAAGUAGAGCAAGCGGCUCUUUUUGUCACAUGACUAAGUGGAGUCUUUUUUGAAGGUCCUUUGGACUUCAGUGAAGAUAAAGCUGACACAGCCGAGGAGUUGAACGCUUACAAAUGGCGCCUGUGCGAUGGGACCAGCAGACUGACAUCCUCACAAGAGGAUUUAUAAAGUUGUGGUUCCAUCUUGUUCUGUUUGCUAUUUGCAAUCAAUCACUUUGCUUGCAUGAUGGUUCCACUUUGGAGGCUGCGUGCACUGAAAAAAAUUGCACUUAAAUAGUCAGACAAGUUUUUCUAUUCCAGUGUGUAAAUAAGUGAAUUUGUCGUGAGGGACCAGAAAAAAAGAAACAAUAUUCUUUCUGUCCACUUUUAAGGAGUCGACGUGUUCCUGAUCUUCCUUCAUUCUCGUGUUUUCAUCAGGUUUGUUUGGCGUCAGGAUGAGAGAAUAAACUGUUGCAACAUG